AUGCCAUCGGUUGAUCUUCUGGGCGGAAUUGAUACAAUCCUUGGCAAGGUCAAGAGUAACAGCUACUCUAGCCAAUUUGAUAUGGAUCUGGAAGUGACCAGCCUGAUUCAAUCCGCCCAUGACAGCCACUUGGUCUUUCAGCUUUGCUCGACAUCAAUCUUCAACUAUGCCAUUGAUUUGCCUCUUGUCUCGGUCUCGACAGAUGGACUUUCGCUGCCAGAGGUCUACACUUUGAGUAUGUGCCUGGAAGUUGCUCUGUAUUUGACAGCCAUAUACUGA